AUGGCGACGGCAGAAGCGAGUGUAAACAUGAAAAGAAAGAGACCAGGGACAAAUAAUGAUGUCAUUCAAAGUUCUAAAGCUCCCAAAGGAAACUCUGGAACGAGAAUUAAUUCAAUAAAUAUUGAAAGAAAAUACAAGGAGAUUUUAAAAACACUAGAUAACAAACCUACAAAAAAAAGUGCUAACAUAAAGCCAAAUCUAUCAAGAAGCAGAACAACAUCAAGUUCGUCAGACAUGGCAACUGACGAUGGCUGGGAAAAACCCAAACACCCAGUGAAGACGCAAAAUGAACAAGCUAGCACAUCCAGUGGUGUAAACAACAACAAACCACCUGACGAUGAUAAGAUAGAAACUCCAUCUAAAAAGUACAGACAACAACCAAUCUUUAUAAAAGGAGAGGACAUUAAACAAACAGCGAUCAAGCUUACGAGUGAUAAAAUAAAUAAAAAUAACAUAAGAAUAAGGCAGAACGACGGAAACCACACCAUCCUUGCAUCUGACAAGGAAACGUACGAAGCAAUAAAACUCAAACUAAUAGAAAUUGGUGAAGAGUUUUAUACGUACACACCACUGGAAAGUAAACCCCAGACGGUUGUACUAAAAAAUAUCUAUGGUAACUAUACUAAAGAAGAUAUUCUUGAAGAAUUAAAAAAUAUGAACAUUGAAAAUGUCACAAUAAUUAGAAUAACUCCUAUUGAAUGCAAAAAAAGCAAAUUCAAUAAAAAACAUUUCAUCAUCCAAAUAUCGCCACAAAGCAAGAAAAAAAAUCUCACUCAAAUCAAAAAAAUUGCUUCCCAGGACGCAAUGUGGGAGCACCUAAUCAAGAAUAAUAUAUUACAGUGUAAAAAUUGCCAGCGUCUAGGACACACCAGCUCACAAUGCCAUAUGACAUAUAGAUGUGUCAAAUGUGGACGCAGUGAUCAUGAACGAGGAAAAUGCCCGAUUAAUUUAGAAAAACCAAAAACUAAUCUGAAAUGUGUCAACUGCGGGGAAACAGGUCACCCAGCAAGCUAUGCAGGAUGCCCGUUCCGUAAGUUUGUAAAAACUGAAACCUUCGAACCUAACAAACGCCGAGUCAGAACACAAACAAACAAUACAAGAAUAUUUAUGGCAACGCCAAAGCAACAGAUAAAUGAAAGAAACGCAGAUGGAUUGAGACAAGAAAAUGCGUGGCCUGGUCUCCCAAAGCCUAGACAACCAAUGAACUUCAACAGAGUAGAGCAGCCAGCAUACUACAACACAACAACAAGUUACCAAAACACAAGACAAGGUAGUCAAGAACAACAAGUCCCACAGUGGGCUAAUGCAAUGCUACAAGGACUCAAUAAUUUAUCCCAACAAGUCGUUGGACUAAGUAACAAUAAAUUACGCCCUUCUGAGGCCAAUCAAUUGCUAAAAAUAAUUGCAAUAAACGUAAAUUCAAUAAAACAUAAUGCUAGAAGACUAGAACUACUUCGCCUGCUCAACAAAACCAACCCGGACAUAGUACUUCUCUCUGAGACAAAAUUAAACAACAACCAUAAAAUAACGUUCAAGGACUACGACCUGAUAAGAACAGACCGACCUAAUUCAAUCAAUGGAGGAGGAACUGCAGUCUUGAUAAAAAGAGACCUUAACUAUGAUAUCAUUAAACAUCCAUCCUCCAUGAACAAUGAAUUAGUAGAGUACACAAUAAUAAACCUGCAUACCGAUAGGAAACCAGAUAGCCAAACCUACCUUGACAUCUGCAUUACGAAUCUACAACUCGUUGACCUUGAGGACAACAAAAUCAAGACAUAUCCUUAUGACAGCGACCAUCUAGCUCUGGGAUUUACAGCUAAACUUCCCAAUGAUCAAGAAUACCUCAACGACAAGACAAAACAACACCGUUUCAACUACAAAGCAACUAAGUGGCCGAAAUUCACCCGUAACUUGCAACAAAAAUAUCAAGAAAUAAUUCCUGAUGACAAAAAUCUAGAUAUUGAGGAAAUAGAUAACUACAUUAGUAAUUUAUCACAAACAAUAGUAAAAUCAAUAGAAGAAGUCGUACCAAAAUUUAAACCACAAAAUAGUGUCCUGAAAUUUCUCAACUCCCGAAUAAAAAAGCUGCAAAAAAAUAAAUCUGAACUGCUAACUAAAUUACAUAAACUACAAAAAAAGUACUCAAUAGACAAAGAAUCAGAAAUAAAAAAAACAAAAGAUCUAAUCAAGAUAGUAAAAGCAGAACUACGGAGUGAGUUUGCAAAAGCUACCACCAAUUAUUAUGCUGAACAACUAAAGGAAAUUAACCAUAAGGAUGCUUCAACAUUUUUUCCAAAAAUCAACAGAUUUUUAAGGAAAAAAAACAAUAUACACAUCGGUGAUCAAGUCCUAAACCGAACUGAUCCUAUUAUUGAAAAACUAAAAAUUGAAAACAAUGACAAUGAAGAGAAGAUCACGAUUACAGACCCAGUGAUUAAACUAGAUAUCAUUGGAGAGUUCUUGCAAUCCAUAAACUCUGCAAGAUACUUAAACGAAGGAACGAGAAUAAAAGAAAUUGUUGACAAAGAAGCUAACUUAAUUAAAAAUAAACUAAUAGAGAAAAGAAACAACAAAUCA